AAUUUUCUAGAAACAGACAUGAUCAGAAUCAACAACCCCCAGUACUUCCACUUUCUGCAGCAGGCCGACGCCCUGCGUCACUCGGGAUCGCUGUGUGACGCCAUCAUCUCGGUGAAGAGGCAAACGUUCCGGGCCCAUCGGUUGGUCUUAGCCUGCGCUAGCAGAACCUUAGCACAGCAGCUUGCCCAGCGAGAUGCGGACAGCCCCGUUCACUGCACUCUCGACUAUUUCUCACCCCACACCUUCCAGCAAGUUCUGGACUUCACAUACACCCAAGCUCUUGAGGUGCCUGUGAAGGACCUGCAGCAGCUGCUGAGAGCUGCUCAGCUCUUAGAGAUGCAGCCCCUGGAGGAGCAGUGCCGGAGGCAGCUGGGCAUUAUAUCCAAAAGAGAACAGGAUGGAAGUGGUGAAAUUACAGAUUUAGAGGAGAAGAAAUGUUUAAAAGACAAUGAUACGAAGCACACAGGAGCUCCAGUUCCUGAAGACCAAGAGGCAUCGCCACCAGAAGAUGCAAGCGCUAGCACAGUUGUUGACAAUCUUUCUCCAAUCGAUCCUAAUAGCCAGAACAGCCCAAAACCUUCGAGUAACAAGGCAAGAGUGUCCCCGCCGAAAAGCGCAUACUGCAGCAGAGAUAGUGUUAUCACCAGGCCCACCUCCAGCACUUCAUCUUUUUACCCUUCUUGGGCUUUCCCUGUAAAUAUGUGGGAAUCUGAGAUGCACAUGAACGCCCUGAGGCGGAUUGCGGAAAACUAUUCAAACUUAAUGGCAGCUCAUCCACUUCAGUCCUCAAACCCUUCCGUAGUAUAUCCAUUCUCCCUCUCCUCUCCACCCAUGUUCCCUCUGUUGAGUCCCCAAUGUCAAACUCCACCUCAGAGCUCCGCAAUCAAUUACUCAGGCUUCCAUCCCCGUUACUCGCCAGACCUUUACAAUGAAACCCCGCGGAUUGGUAGCUUGAUCAAGAAUAGCCUGCUAAAGAGAAAGAAAUCAAGCCAGCGAAGAUUUACUGGGACUCUUCAAAGUAAGCAAAGUUACCCUGAGGGGCCCAAAGCUCGCACAGAGAGAGCUGAAGACUGCCAGCACUGCAGCGCAAGACUGCCUGACGAUCCAGUGCUGCAGGAGUCAGCCGCCGCGCAGUUAGGUAAAAGCUGUGCAGGUUGUCCAUUUUGUGGAAAAGGUUACUUAGCACCACAUGAGACAGAGACCAGAGAGGACCACCGAGGAGAAAAGCCAUACCAGUGCCAGCACUGUUCCAAGCAGUUCAGUCUGAAACAUCAACUGGACACACACCUCCGUGUUCACACUGGAGAGAAACCGUUUGAGUGUCGACUCUGUGGUCAGCGCUCACGUGACUACUCAGCCAUGAUAAAGCACCUGCGGACGCACGGUGGGGCUGCUCCCUACCAGUGUACCGUGUGCCUAGAGUUCUGCAGCAGCCUGGUUGCAAUGCAGAGACAUGUCAAGACCCAUGCAGUGCAGGACUUUCCCCCCGACUGGAGCAUCAAUAACACCUACCUGUACAUCUCACACAUCUGA